UUAUUGUACGUGUCAAACGCCGACUGUUCUUCAUUGUUAGACAUUAUGCACUAGCUGUGUUCCCUGACUACAGCCUCACUACAGUGUACCUUUGCUGAGGUGGAUUUUCUGCUGUGGUCGGAGGCUACAUGGCUUCAGGUGGAGCAGAGGAAGACGAUGGAGGCAUUCCAUUGGACAUCGACAACGUGCACAUGCUCCUCCAAGUGGAGCACGAACAGAUUCAGAAAAGGACAUUCACCAACUGGAUAAAUGCUCAACUUUCUAAGAGAUGCCCUCCCUCCUUUGUGUCGGACCUCUUCUCCGACCUCAGAGAUGGGUCUCAGCUGCUGGACCUGUUGGAGGUGAUGAGUGGCCAGCCUAUGAAAAGACAAAGGGGCCGUGGGGUCUUCCAGCAGAGGGCCAACAUCGAGACCGCACUGAACUUUCUGAAGAAGAAGUCUAUCAAAUUGGUGAACAUAAACAUCCCAGAUAUCAUAGAUGGACGGCCCUCCAUCAUCCUCGGACUCAUAUGGACCAUCAUCCUCCACUGUCAUAUCGAGGAGCUGGCAAGCACUCUGUCCUACAGCUCGUGUCAUUCCUCUCUGGACUCUCUGUGCAGUCUGGACUCGUGGUCCGGCAGCCCCGUGCCGGCUGCUCCGCUCCCUGCAGGCCGGACGUCUCCUCUCCACAAACGCUUCCGCAUAUCAGCCAAGAAGGCUCUGCUCAUGUGGGUCAGGGACCAAUGCCAAAAGGUGGGUUGCUCCGUCAGUGUAAAGAACUUUAAGUCGAGCUGGAGAAGUGGAGAGGUCUUCCUGGCUAUCCUGUGCUCCCUCAGACCGCAGCUGACUGACCUCUCACUGGUUCACUCCAGGAGCAACCAGGAGAACCUGGAGGAGGCUUUCCACCUGGCCGAGAGGGAGCUCCACAUCCCCCGCCUGCUGGACCUCCAGGAUGUAGAUGUUCCAGACCCUGAUGAGAAGUCCAUCAUGACGUAUGUGGCUCAGUUUCUGCAGUACUCCAAUGACAUGCCGGCUCCUGAUGACCAUCUGCAGGUCUCUCCAAGUGAGCGGGCGCUGGAGGUGACCUGCUGGCUGCAGCAAACCUACGAUGAACUGUCAGAGGCUCGGACAGCUACAGAGAAAUCCAGCUUUUCAGAAAAGUAUCAGGUGUUUCAGAACCUGGCCGGCUCCUUCACUGAGCAAAGGAGACCAGUCAUGACUCUCCUCGCUGCCGUCAGACGCUGCCCUGAGCUCAGCCAAGAGCAGUGUGCUCUCAGGACAGCGUGGGAUCGUCUGGAAGCAGAGCUGCAGAGAUGUAAAGCAGACCUGGACUCCAGCCUCCCUCCUCCUCUGGACUCGGUUGUGGCGUGGCUGCAGCGUGCGGAGGAAGCGCUAACAGAAGAGGGAGGAGGCGUGAAGGAUCAUGCAGGCGCUGCUAAAGAAGCAAGAGCUCAACAAGACAGGGAGAAGACUUUAAUGAAGGACAUGAGCUACUACCUCAAUAUUAUGGAAACCUACCGCAACAUGGACGACUCAGGGAACUUAUUAGUGCCCCUUGAGAGGUUUGAUGAGAUAAAAAGACGCUUAACCAAUAUCCGAGUCACAGCCAAGUACCAAGGGAUCAAGCUGGAAUACCAGGAAUCCCGUCACACUGUUCUGGAUCUCCUGGGAUGCAUCACUGCUAAGGUUCAGAACUGGAAAGCUGCCUACAGAUCCCAGGAUGCAGUUCUUGGGCUUCUGCAGGACUGGCAUGAGACUGUGGAGCGACAAGGCCUGAUUUUGAUUCUAACGGAUGCUCUACAAGCCCUGAAGGAGAAGGCAAACACUUACACCAGCAAGGCAGCGCUAGGUGAGGAUUCCCAGCUGGUUGCUCGUCAGGUGAAGGAGGCAGUCAGUGAAGUGGAACAGAUCACACCGGCUGUGACGGCCAUCAGAGGGACAAUGGAGAGAGUGGUGUCUGCGUGGGAGAUUUACAACAAAUGCCUCUCCUCUCUACAGACGUGGCUGGCACAGAAUAACUCACCCGCCCAGUCCCCUGCUGCGAGGACGAAGGACAUGAGCGAGUGGACGUCAUGUCAGGCUAAGUUAAACGAGGCGGGGAACUUGCUCAUUGAAGUGACAGAAUCUGCAACCAGCCGCACGCUGGUGGUGCAACUCAGCAAGGUGAACCAGCAGUGGGCUGAGUGCAUGAAGAGGACCAUGUUUGAAGUAUCAUCGGAGCCCAGUGUCGGUCCACCGUCUCUUCAAACGGUGCUUUCACUGACCCAGGAGGCCAGCUGGCUACUGAGGCAGCCACUGGAGGUGGCCUCAGUCCCACUGAAGGCGACCAGGCAGAAACUGCAGGUUCUGAGUAAGAAGAUGGCCGAGGUGGAUCUUUCAUGUCUCAGUCCAUCCACAGAGUUUGAAACAAGCAGCACAGAGAACCUCCAAAAAACUCUCCCUCAGAUGCUCACUGCAGCAGAGAGUCGCUGUGCAGAGCUGCAGCGGGCUGCGUCCGGGCUGGAAGGCCGUCUGGCUGAGCUGGACCACUGGUGCUCAGAGGCUCUGGACUGGUACCAGGACAACGAGGACAACAAGCACAGAGGACGCUCUGCUUUGGAACCUGCAGCCAAAGUGCUGAUCUCUCGAGGGCCACAGCUGGAGAACCAGGUUGUAUCCGAGGGACAGGAUCUGCUGGAUCUUGUGUCACAAGUUCAGAAAACCUCUCCUCUGCAGAACCUCAGCACCUCUGACCUGCAGGACAGGAUCUCAGAGUCAGUCUCACGAUGCCAGGAGAUUUUUGGACUGUUUUGCUCCCUUGGGUUUCUGCGACUUGUUGAAAAACCCUGUCAGUCUCCAGGAGAGCCAGAGGCAGGGUUGUUUGUUGUGGCCAGAACCAAGCAGGUGCACCACAUUGGGAAUGUGAAGCUGCCAAAGCAGGACCCAGGUCUGUCUUCACCCGAGACUCCAUCAUUAACGCCUCAACAAAGGAUGACAGGUCUGCGAGGUCGGACCAAGAAUCAGCUGGAGAAUACAAAGGAUAAACCAACCAUUGUUAUAACCCAAGCUGAAGCUCAACCCACGAUCCAGCCUGCGUCAUUUUCUAAAUCCCACACUCAAGUUUCAGGUCCAAGUCAAACGGAUCAUCCUCUACCUGCUAGGAUCCAAAAACCUGUUGGACCGAAGUGUCCAAAAAGUCCAGUUCUGUCUAAACAUGUGAGGAGUCCAGAGCAAAGCUCCUCUCCAUUACAAAUCAAAUCAUCCAAAACCAGAACAAGAGGGCAGCCCAACACUGGACCGAGUGAUAAACUAUCUCCACAGCCGCUGGUGAUGGUGCGCAGUGAGGUUCACUCCAGAGCCCAGUCGAUGGCGCGGAGCAGGCUGGAGAAGGCCCGGUCCCGCCUGCAGGGACGCAUCCAGCAAGCCAUCAGGUUAUUUGGUGGCAGCGAGAUAUCCGUUUCACAGGCCAAGAAGAAACAGAAAGCUUUAAAGAUUCUGCAGCCUGCCGUCCUCGAUGAGUUCCUCAGUGCUGUGGAGUGUUUGGGGGCCUUUUGCACGGGGCCCCAACUCCAGGACCUGAUGCUCCUCUCUGACUCAGUCAGAAAGCAGUGGGAGGAUGUACGCAGAGAAAUGGCCGCCUUUGUUCCCAUCUUUUGGUCUCAGAUCAGAGAUGGAAAUCAGUCAUUUUCUGUUGUGCCAUGUGAAACUCAAACUAACAAUCUGCUCGAAACCACUGACCAGACUGACCAUGAGGUCGUCAUGGACGGAGCUGAGUCUGUUGAGGUUGAGUCACUCCAUGAGCUGUGUGAAACACUCACACAGGGACAAUCCUUCUGCCAAGCAACAGACCAGCUUCAGGAGUCAGAUGAAGCACAGGAAACAAAACCCAAUGACACAGUGCUCACUUCUGAUGGCAGGGGACAGCAGCCCCGGGGAACCCCCCCGCUGGGAGGGACAGGCAUGUUGGCCGACGCACAGCACAGCAACCGUCUCUCUCAGAAGCAAAGCGUGGACAGACAACAUCCACACCUCUCACCUGUGUGCGGUGCGGUGACAGCGCAGCUUCACGGUGAUAUCCUCCACCUGCGAGCUCAGGGUGUCCCGACAGAGAGGGAGGGAGAACGUAGAGGCGGCUGGUCGGAGAAGAAACUGAAGUCUGCACUUAAAUCCAAAGAGCAGCCGCUGACAGCUCGUCUGCUGCACACUGCAGAGAGCAGCCAGCAGACCCAGGCGCAUUUACAGGCGGUGGUCAGGGGCGAAACUGUGGAGACCAAGCAGGAGGCGGAGUGGACCGUCAUCCCAGAGACGGCCGCCUCACAGCAGGAAGUGAUCUCCUCUGGACAGGAAGUACUGGAAAGGUACAGAAAGUCCUGCUCUGCAUUUCAGUCCCAACUCCAGAAGAACGAGCAACAUUUGGAGGAGUUUAUCCCAGAGUCUGUCACCGUAUCUACCCUGCAGGACCAAAAGAAGCACCUACAGACUUUAAAACAGGAGACAGAAGCAAUAUGGUUUGAGUUUGAACUCCAGUAUUCCCAGCUUUCCCAGUUCUCCCUUCUGAUGACCAGGGAAGAUGGAGGUGAGGUGGAAAGAGACAGGGAACAGCUGACUCAGCAGUGGAGAGAACAGCAAAGCAGGAUGAAAUCUUUGGAGAGUACUGCUGACCUGAUUGAAUCUGCAGAUGAUCAGAUGGUGCUGCUCACUGAAAACCUGGACUGGAUCAUCAGAGCGUCUGUGGACAUUUCUUCCCUUUCCCUGACUCACGCCAGACUGGAAUCUGAUUUAAAAGAGAUGGAUGACAGACUGCGGUCUGAAAUGAGAAAGCUAUCAGAACGAGCUGCAGAAGAGGAAAGAAAAUCCCCUUCAUGGCUCUGCCAGGCUCUCCACAACAGACUCCAUCACCUUCAGCAGCUCAGGCAGCAGCUGGACGAGAUUCAGUCUGCGGCUCAGGCUCUGCAAUGCUUCCUGGCCACAGUAAGAGCGGUCGGGGCAGAGAGCCCAGCCCUGCAGGCCAACCAGGACUCCAGAAGACAGGAAAAAGAGUCAGACAGGGAGCAGGAGGGGCUCUCCUGGCAGGCAGCGAUGCAGCAGCGGUUGCACGCCGCCAGGACACAAUCUGACGGCGUUGACAGCACUUUACAGGCAGUGGGAAUGACUCUGACUAUGGAUGGUGCCAAUGUGACGUGCCAGGAUGUGGUGACAUCAUUGUCCCAGCACGUUAUGGAAACACAGAAAGAGCUGAUGGCAGGCAGGAAGAGGGAGGGCAAAGAUGGGUUAUUCUCAGUAAGAAUGGAGCUGAAUCCUACAGAGAAACAUCAGACAAAACCUGGGGAUGAUUCAGCACAGCAGGGGGGGGCACAGGAGCGACUCACUACAUGUCAUAUGGAAGAGGAGGCAGAAGUGGAGGCCAAGAGCAGAAAGCUGCAAGAAGAUGAUGAUGAUAAAAAGACGCUAAAGGAGGAGGAGGAGCACAAGGCUCGGAAGUCUGAAGAGGAAGUGUUAAAAGACCAGAGAAGAAGAAGGAGCAGCCAGAUUAAGACAGAAGGAGAGAAGAAGAGCAUGGUCCAGAGGAGGUUUGCAUUGUUGGGGGCCCUGAGGGAGAUCAGAGGAUCUGCUGAGCAGCUGAGGUUACAGGAGCCCAGCCUGCCGGCCCUGCAGCACAGGACUCGUGCUUUGACAGAGCUGGAGAGUCGUCUUGCUGCCCUCCUCUCUGAACUGCAGCACAUGCGAGAGGAAUCCUCACAGUCAGCGGUCUCUGAUGGGAGUCAGACCGGGGAGACGGAGGAACUCUGGGAGGAGGCCACAAAAGCUGUAUCUGAACGGCUGGAGCAGAGUAACACGCUCACUGAGCUGCUGAAGAGGUUUCAGAGCCUCCGUGGGGAGCUGAGCGGGACUCUGCAGAGGGCCGAGAGCACCAUCAGUGAGCAAGCCUCCUACAUGGGGAGAGACAACCUGCAGAGACUCCACACUAAGGUCCAGGAAACUAAAGCAGAGCUGAACGGCCUCGGUGACGGGAUAGAGGAGGUCCGCAGUGUCUGCAGGCAGCUUCAGACUCACCUGCGUCAGAUCCCAGAAUGCACCAUGAUCCCAUAUGAGGACGAGGCGGAUGCUCUCAUGGACCGCUGGCUGGAUAUAUCAGAGAGAACAGACUCCCACCUGGAAAGCAUGCACCGGGGCCUGACUCUGUGGGAGGGGGUCAUCCAACUGGGGGAGGAGGUGGAGAGCUGGACGGCCGAUAAACUUGCAGCAUUUGCUGAGUGUCCGUCCUUUCAGACAGAAGAAGACAUCAGUGCCUUGCAGAACGACAUUGUGACUCAAGAGGAGAAUAUGGAGCGUUUCCACCAAAGAUCCACAGAGAUUCAGUCGCUGCUUCAAAGCACAGAGCCCCCCCUGGAGCUGCAGGUGGUGGAGACCCAGAUGAGGAACAAGAUAGAGCAGCUGCUGGAGCUUGUUUCUGAAGCUGAGGACGUUUACAGGCAGACGGUGGCUGCUAAGGGACAAAUCACUGUCAGGAUGGAAGAGUGCUUCAACUCCCUGCAAAAGAUUCAGGACUCCCUCCUCACGCUCACUGGUGCAGAUGUUGCAGCAGUCCUUGCUAAACUUAAGGAGCUGCUGUUUGAGCUCCAGGCGCAGGAUGAGCAGGCGGACAGUCUGCAAGAGGAUCUGCACGUCAUGGCCUCCAUAGCGAGUCCGGUCAUCCUGCAGAGUCUGUCUGCAGACGGGACCCAGCUGCAGGAGAAAGUCCGAAACACCCAGCAGCUCUUCUCUGAGGUAGAAGAACAGACCGUGAGGAGUAUCAAGGAUCUGGACAGGCUGCAAAGGGAGAGUGAGCAUUUGCAACAGUGGUUGAAAGGCGCUGAGGGAAAAGCAGCCAAAGACAAGGAUCUAAGUGUCCUGCAGGAGGAAGCACUUCAGCAAAGGGUGAGGGAGGAGGGGCUCAGACAGCUCGUGUCCUUCUUGCAGAACAGCGCACUUCAGCAGUGUGCUGUGGUGGAGGAGGGCAGGAAAGUGCUGCAACACUACCACAACUUUCUACAGGGUUCCACAGGGAACAUGGAGGAGUUUCAGACUCAACCCUCUGUUGGAGAUCUGAGGAGAACUGUUGACCCUCCGCUUGGUGAAAGCCUCUGCCCCCAGAGUCCGGGUGUGUGUUCCCGCCUCGAGGAAGGUGUGUGUAAUGAGGAGCAUCUUGGCCAGUCCCUGCAGGCUGUCCAUCAUAAAGUGACAUCCCUGCAGGAAAAGAUGUCCGCCUGUCAAGCCCAGAAAGAAAGCUCCGCUGCUCUGACCCCUGAUGCACCGACUCUGCAGGCUUUGCUACAAGAAGUAACCGACAUAGAAAAAGACCUUCUACAAAUUGCAACACUCAAGGACACCAUUACAACCAGUACAGCUGAGGCCCGGGCGAGCCUCUCUCAGGAAAUCAGCAACCUGCAAAACCACCAGAGGGCGCUAAACAGCAGCAUCAGAGACAAACUGGCUCUGAUCACAGAAGACAACAACCAGAGAGUUCAGCGAGUGAAGGAAGAGGUCACCUGUGUACAAACAGCUCUGAAAGGCGUGGCUGAAAACCUGCAAGGGAAGCCUGAAGUGCUGCCUGAAGUGAGUCAGCUCAAACAGCAGUGGGAUAAAAUAAAGGACUGUGAAACCAGACUGACAGAGUUGUCUUUGAGGGUUUCCGACCUGCAGAAGACUGGGGAGUCCAGCCUCACUGAAGAAGUGCUUCCUGCAGACGUCACUUUGACUAUUGACGCAGUUACUAAAGAUCUUGACAGCCUCACAACCACUAUUCUACAAGACAAGCAGGAAUGUGCAGAUCUCACUGCGGACAGGGUGAGACAGGUCAUCAGCCGGCUGAAAGAGUGGAGACAAACAGUUCAAGCUGAACCCUCGACCCCCAGCCAGGCCGCUCUGGAUGAGGGUUUGCAGCUUCAACAAGCUCUUCAUGAAGUGCUCACAGAAAGAGAUUUUCUUCUGGAGUGUCUGGGAGCAGGAGUGACAGAGAUGCUGGAGAAAAGUUCCUCAGAGGCUCUCAGUGAAAGCACGCAUGCACUCAAAGCUUUAUCUCAGGGCCUGGCUUCACAGGUCAGUCAAGGUCAUGGUGAAGUGGAGUUGGACAAACAUUUGCAAGACAGAGCUGGUGAAGAAACUAUUACAAGUGGAAGUGAUGCACCAAGUUUUCCUUCACCAGAUGAAACUCCAGCCACUUAUCUUCCUGCUUCUUCGUCUGAAAUAAACAAGCACAACUCUCAAAGUGAUCAGAAUGACAUCACACAACAAGCCAAAGAAGAUGUUGCUUAUCAAUUCUCAAGCCCAGAUAUCCCAGAUGGUGUCAAUUCACAACAGUUUGCAUCCGCACCGACAAAAAGGAACGUGGAGACUUGUUUUGUGCUGAAAGAUGGCACAGUAAACACUGAUAGCAAUGGUUUAAGCCCAGUGCACAGGACGCUCUCUGGAAAUACAGACUCACUUCCUGCUCACAACAAGAGUUUAAUAACUCAGAACAUUGAACCAUUGCAGAAGGACACCAUUGUAACCCAGGACUCACAAUUUCCAGCUAUUGGCGAAGACACUCUGGAAAAAGUCAAUUCAACACACUGGGUCACAACUCUAUGUGGAUCCCAAGCGAAAGAACUACACAACCUCCGCCUUUCUACCCCUGAAAAUGUGUCUGAACACCUAGCAGCACAGUCAGUUACUCAAGAAGAAGAGAAACAGUGUGGCGUGACACAGAAGAAAGUGUUUACCAUAGUUUUGGACAUGGAUCCACAGCACAUGCAGGAAAGUGACAGUGUUGGCAUGGCACGAUCUGAGACAUUUACAACAGUUACUGGUGCUCAAGAAGAGAAGGAGUCCUGUGAGGAUCUCGGAGUGAGUCCAGCUAAGGUGUUUACAAUAGUGCUGGACAUGGAGAGGCCUGAGUUCCAGCCACAGGACAACGUGUACGUGUCAAGUACUCUCGAGAACAAAUCUGGAGUCUCUUCAACUUUAAUGAGUCCUGAAUCAGAUGAAACAGACUUGCAUCAUCAUUUAAAGAGCCAUGAGCCUCAAGCGGAGGACAGCCUGACCCCCAUCGAGUCAACGGGAUUGGAGGAUUCUACAAGUGCCAAAGGAUCAUGCAAAGAAGAGUCACAAACCCAGCAGUUAAUGCAAAAUGAGGUGUUGAAUCCCUCCAAAUCAUGCGCUGUUGUAACUGAAUCUCAGCUCACAUGUCCUGAUGUGAAACAAGAGGACAAGACAACCAUCUGUCACGUUCAGAAGCAAACAAUGAACUCCACGGUGAAGGGAGAAGCCUUACCUGACAAACAAAUACCUGCUGCAGACAUCAACCAUCUGACUGCUGCUGUCACUGCACAGAGCACAGGUACAGGACCGCGUGAGAGAGUAGAGGGAGGGAACGCAGGAGGAGAGAGUAGCCCUGAACGACCCCAGGCCAACGUUUUUAAAGCGCCGAAAGGACGAUACAAAGCCGCGCUGCUGUUUGAAGGAAGUGAAUGGAAGGUAGCCGCAUCGUUGGAGGACACAGAGGGGACCCAGGCACAGCCGCAGAUGGAGGACAGCAUAGAGCCUGAGAGGACAGCUGAUGUGCAGACAGGGGGGGCGACAGGUGAAUCACCAGAGUCCUUCAAACCCAAGUCCACCAUGCAGGAGGUUCUGUCAGACCUCCAGAGCUUGGUGGAGAAAAGUAACAUCAUAAAUCGGGACCCACACAUUGAUUUGAAUUGGUACCUGAAGUCCUCUCCUGGUGAACAAGAGAUCCGGUUGGUACGAACUGUUCAAAAGGUUCUGGCAUGCCGCUAUCAACCAGCACGACUCGAUGUGUCAGCAAUGACUGAACAGCUGCAGGAGGCAGAGGACUACAGGUGCCAUGUGCAGGAGCAAGUUGCUACCAUGAAAAGCAUGCGCAGUGGGAGUGUAUGUGACCCAGAAGCCCUGAAAAGAGUGGAAGGGCAGUGGAGUGCUGCACUGCUGGACGCCUCUGCCACAGUGCAGGUGAAAGCAGCUCAGCUGGAUCAGGUCCAUCAGUACCACAAGCAGAUGAAGAUCACCAGAGCUUUCCUUGAGGUCGUAGCAGCUGAGAAGGAUAAGAUCACCUUAAGUUCUCUGGGUAGCAGCGCCGUUCAAGCUGACAGACUCAACGCCCUGCUGCAAACCAUGGUGAAGAAAAGAGACUUAAUGGAAGAGCUCCUCCAGCUGAGCAGCCAGUUGUCGGCCCAUUUGAGCGACGCAGAGAGUUCAGGUGCUCUUCCAGCCCAGCUCGGAGAUGUCCAGGAGGAAUGGAGGCUAUUAGAAGGAAACAUCCGAAGAGCUCUCCAACAUGCCUCGAGCUCCACCUCUCAGUCCUCUCUUUUAUUAAGUGAGGCCGAACAGCUUAAAGCCAAGCUGGAAGCUCUUGGGAAAUCCAGCUUUCAAAGCCAGGACAAUAAAAGCGCUUUAGAAGUCGUUUGUCUGACAACAGACCUGAAACUGUACAACCAGCUUUACCUGCAGUUACAGUCCCAGGCAGACGCUCUGGUCCAUUUCUCUCUGGGUCAGAAAGAGAAGGAUGAGAUCAAGCGCAGUCUUCAGGAGCUACAGUCUUUGCUAAGUGUCACCAAGAGCAAGCUCGGCAAUUCAACACCCAGCAGUGGCGACGUUUCCUCGGCUAAAAUCAGCAAGCAGUUACAAGACUUGAUCAUUGGGGCCAAGCAGGCAGAAAACCACAUCUCCAUCGGGAAGAAGUUAGCCCUUUUCCCAGAGGAGGCCCGUAUUCAGAUCAUCGAGAUGAAGAAAUUUCAGACUGAUAUUUGGUUUAGAAAAUCCAAGAUGCAGGUGGAAGUUGAGCAGAUGAAAGAGACACUCUCCGAUAAGGAAAAGGAAGAAAGUGACCAAGAGUUGAAGACAAUAGAAGACCUCUAUGAAGCCAUCGCUGACAGCCUGGACCAUGUUCUAGACACCAUGAAGAAGAGUCUGCAGGAGAGGGAGAAGUUGUUGAGCAAGCUUGCUAGCAUGGAUGCCUGGCUAGCACAAACACACGCCGAAAGAGACCCCUGCACCCAUGUUGAGAAUGUUUCAAAAGCAGACAUCAGAAAGCUGGAGAGCAAGCUGAGAAGUCAUGAAUCAGCCGCAGCGGAGAUAGAGAGACAGCUCAAAGACGUGGAACCAAUGGCAGACAGUUGCAGGGAGAUAUCUGUCGGGUUGAGUCCGGGAGAGAGCCGCUACCUCGUCAACAGACUGUCAGGACUUCGCACAGAACUAGAGGGACUACUAGCUCAUGAGAAGGCUGCCUGCUGGGAACUAGAAGAGCUGAUUCAUGAGCGAACCACAUCAGAGGAAGAGCUAUCAACUAUCCAGGCCAGUUUAAAACAGGUAUCCACUGAUUUAGAGCAGCAGAGAUUCCCUUUGACGCAGGAAACCCUUACAAUGUGCGCACAUUUGAAGCACAUGCUAAUAGAGCAUCAGUGUCAAGUACAAGAGCUGCAGCACACCCAGGAGGCCAGGAGAUGUUCGCUGCUGUGCACCAUCGGAGAGCUGCAGGACCAGUGCAAAGCUCUUUGUGUUAAUGCCAUAGAGCAGGACAAAUAUCUGCACCUCGGGAGACAAAUGGAGGAAUCCAGGGACAUUGCCGAAGAGCAAAUCCAGCGUGCCAAAGAUAAGACAGUCAGUGUGGGUGAGAGGGUGAGACUAUGCCAAACCCUCCUGGUUGAACUUCCUUUGGUGAAGACGCAGUGUCAGGAAGCAGCAGACCAGUUAGAGGCCAUAGCUCAGGAGUUAUACCCAUCCGAGUAUAACUCAGAGAAGCAAAGGAUCCACAGCACAGUGGAAACGUUAGUCUCCUGGGAGCAUUCUGUUGCAGGUGAUAUCCAAAACCUGGAGGCCAAGCUUCUGCUGGGUCUGCGCUUCUCCUCCGAGCUUCCUGCCUUGAUAGAGCUUUUCCUGACGACGCGAGUGGAGCUGCAGGGAGCAGAACCGAUACCUCCAGAUGAAAAAGCAAUAGAUAUUGCACUCAGAAGGAACUGGAUUCUUUGGAGAAAUAUGGAGUCUGGGAUGAGGGUGCUGGGAGGUCUGGGACGGAAAGAAAAAGUGAACCUGAAGAGCUACGAGGAACUUUACUCUCUCAGGGAGGCAGCCAUGCAAGAGUGCCACUUAAGAAUGGAGAGUUUAUGCCAGGCGAGAGAAUCCUUGAAAGAUUACCAAUGGGCGGCUCAGGGAGCAAUAGGCUUCCUUCAUAAUGCAGAGGCCACCUUCCUAUCGGCUCCUGGAGGCUUUCUGGACUGCACUGAGGAGCAAAGGCAGACUCACCAGGCUCUAGAGGCUCUUGAAGAUGGAUUCCAGGCUCACAUCUGCCACCUUGUGGAACUGGUGCCCCAACAGCCCUGCCUGUCCCGCCCAGAGACGGAGCAGCUCCACAUCAGCAUCCUCAGUCAGCUGUUGGCGGGGCGAGGCAUGCUGGAAGCCCAGGCUCAGCUCAGGCUGGAGUCCUUGCAGAGCUGUGAAACUAGACAGCAAAGCCACAGAAAGUGCCAUGAAGACGUACGUCAGCGCCUGUCAGGCUCCGAAGCCAAGCUUUCACAAUGUGCUGCAGAACAAGUGACAUCAUAUGACAAAUGUGUGGUGCAACAAAAAGCAGCAACGCUCUUGAUGGAAGGCCUUCGCAGCCUCGCAGCGAAGAUAGAAGAUCUGAGAGCCGGCUGUCCAAUGCAGGGCUGUGGUGUCGGAAAGGACGGCGAGCUGGGCGCCCUCUGGAGGCGCUGGGUGUCUUUACGCCGUGGUGUCGGCCUCCUCAUGGCACACACGGAACAGAAAGGAGAGGAAUGGAAGGACAUCACUACAAGUAUGGGCCAGUGUUGCAGCUCUUUGGCCAGUCUCCAGGCUGACGUUCCUGACUCCUCCACUGUGAACUUCACUGAAGAGGAACCCCUGGAGCUCCUGGCCCUGGCGGAGAUACACCAGACUGGGCUGGAGCAGGAGCAGCAGGCCUUAGCCUCCCUGGAGCACCGGCUGGAGCACGCCCUCAGCUUAUCCAGCUGCCCGGAGCCCAUCAGCCCUGGACCUGUGGGCAAAACACUAGUGAAGAUCCAAGAGAAUGUCAGGAGCUUGAAGGAGAGAAAUCUGCUGGUAGUCGCUGUAGCGAAGGCAGAGGAGAAAGAGAGAGAGCACGUCCAGGAGGAGCUAGGAGAGGUGGCACAACACAUGUUCGCCCUUCUUCCUGCGCUGGAAGACUGUUCGAAUCCGGGCAAACAACAGGAACUCAGAGAAGAUUUGUCCUCUCAGAAAACCAAACUCCAGUCUAUCACCGCCGCCGUGCAGAGCCGGUACGCUGAGAUACCGGCUGACAUCAGCAGACGGUUACAAGAAGUUCAGCUGUCGAUACAAAUAGAAGAGGAGAAGCUCAUGGAAACAAGCGACCCAGUCCGUAAGCUGGCUAGAGACGCAGCAGAGUUGGGAUCUGGUCUGGAGAAAGUGAAAGUCUUACUGGAGCAAAAGAGUCCAACAGUCAAUGAAGCUCAAAAUGUGCUCAAGCAUGCUUGGGAUGAGCUGGACGCCUGGCACAGCCGCCUGAUGCUGCUGGAGAGCGAGGUGCAGGAUCUUGCGGAGGAGCAUCCGGAUCAAACCCACCUGCUGUUUGACCAACUCACACAACCGCUACAGCUGUACCAAGACACAGCCCAGAGGGCCGAGCAGCGCACCGCCUUCCUCAACAAGAUCCCGGCCUGCCUGCAGGAGUUUGAAGACAUUAUGUACAGCGCCACCUGCUGGUUAGACGAGGCCCAGUCAUGGCUCACUUCUCCCUAUUCCUUCACUACAGCCAGAGGCCUCCAGAACCAUGCGAACUCCCUGCAGCUGGUGCUGGAAGACUCUGAGAGGAUCCGACACACCCUGCAGGACUUCAGGCCGGUCCUGGAGGAGAUCUCUCCUGUGUGUGACAUCAGCUCCCACGAGGAGAGGGUGAACAAGAAUGACCAACUAGUCCACAAAAUGCAGUGCAGGGUCCUGGAGCAGCUCCUGCAGACUGCGAAGGAGGUGGAGGCGAUAGAAGCCGAGCUGAAGACCAUGGAGAAGAACGUCCCGAAGAUCCAGGCAAUUUUAUCCUCUGUGGACAACUCCGACAUAACUCUGAUGGAGCAUCUACAAAACCGACAGGUGAUCCUGGCCAACAUGCAGUCGAUGCGGAGGACGUUGGAAGAGAUGGAGAGAUGCAAAGGAGAGCUUCCCUUCCCACAGGUAGCCGGGGGGAGCCUGCUGGUUUUCUCCAGAGCCAGUCAUCUGCUGCAGCCGCUGGAGGAGCUCGAACAUCUCACCCAGCAACAAGUCACUCUGCUGGAGAACCGGAUCAAGGAGGAAGAAACCUGUAGCGAUCUUGGCAUCCCCUUAGUCUCUGAAGAAAUGCCAUACAGGUUUUCCCAAAGAGGUCUAUUCCAGCAGGAGAUGUUUGUGGUGUCUAAUUCAGAGGAAGAGGAGGAUGAUGAAAACGAGAGUUGUCACUCGUCGUCCUCUGACACACUAACAUGCAGUAUUCCAGAGGACCCAGAGGAAACACUCCACCUCUCAGAUGUGCAAACUGAGGAUAAUGCUGAAAGGAAGCCACAGUCAGACGUUCAGGCAGUGGAGAGUUUGGUCGCUCAGUUUUCCUCCGAAGUGGAGCCGAGCUCAAACGUCGCUGGAGCUGGACUGUUAUCUGUGAAGCCUGGACUUCAAAUAAAAGACUCUGGAUCACAAAUUAGUGCAACUGAAUCAAUAACAAUAGAUUCUAGAGCAGAUGAUGGUAAAGCAUUGAGUCCUGCUCGUGCAAAGUCCAUUCAGGCAGAAGCUGCAGUGGGAGACACAAGACUGAUUCCUGCAAGACCAAGAACUCCCUUCACUGCCACGAGAGCAUCUGAUGAGUCUGUACAGGAAGAAGACAAACAUCUGUCUUUGACCACGGCUCCUCCUCAAGAUCUGGAUGCUCUUAAUGUGUCAAAGCAGCAAAGUGAAGUCAGCACCAGUCAUAGUGGUUCGGAAGAACCCAAACAAGCCCUGGAGUCAUCUGAGGAGCCGAUCAGCUUGGCAGCAGAUGGGGCCAUGGAGCAGCUGAGGUGGAGGACACUUCAUACCCAGAUCUCUCAGAAGCUGACCACUUUGAAAAAAGUUAAAGAGGAGCAUCAAAUCAGCUCCGAGGACACGGUGACCCACGAGAAGGACUCAGAGAGGGAGAUAAUAUCCACAGGGUCGUCCUCUGCUGUUCUCCAGCGGACACAUGAGUCCAUCACCAUGCUGAGAGAAAUAGUGAGCUCUCCAGGUGUAAGGGAGGAGUUGUACGAGGCGGCACGCAGGGUCCUCCUCUGUCUGGAUGCUUUGACCGACCUUCUGUUAACUCCUGCUGACGAUGACCCUCAACUGAGGCUGCUACAGCAGGAGUGUGUUUCCACCGAGCUGGAGACUCUGUCUGAGCUGUUGGGUAAAGUGGAGUCAGAGGACAAACCAUUAAAGAAAGAACCAGAAGCUCUGCGCUGUCUGACCUCCCUUCAGGACGGUCUGCACACGGUCCAGCUGCUCUUCACCUCAUCACACCACCAGCUCAGUGAACACCCGGGACACGCACACCAGCACCAGGAGCCCGCCUCCAACCGGCUGUGUAUUUUAGAUGAGUUUGAACUGGGACAGGGUGAGAUGUUCCCCAGCAUAAAGGAUGCUCCAAGUUUAGAGCAGUGUGUGCUGGGCCGACAUCUGAGGGAGAGUCCGGGGGAAAACGUGAAGCUGCAGCACGCUUCCCGCUCCUUGCUUCAGGGGAUAACUCGCCUCCUGGAACUGGGCGAAGAAUGCAUAACAGGAGGGCAGAUGAGCCAGGUUCACAACCGCGGCCAACUUCAAGCGCUCCUCUGCAGAAACAAGAAGCUCCUGAGAGUCCUCAGGUCGCAGUUGACUUUCGUGCAGCAUCUUUUCCAACGUGAGCCAGAAGCGCUCUGGUGUCAGGAGGAUGAACGGGCCCAGCUGGUAGUCAGAGCCACAGCUUUGCAGCAUCAGGCUCUGGAACAGGAAGUGGCUUCUCAGAGGAGGCUCCAGGAGUGGACCUGCUGGGAGGAUAAUUGUCGCAGACUUGGCGAGCUGCUGGAUGAUCUUGAAGUUUUUAUCAGCAGUGGGGAACCAGAGGGAGACGACGAGACAGUAGCACAGCAGAGACAAGACGCCUGCCAGCAAACCCUGGUCCAGCUUGAGGAGAGCAGAGCUGUGUUGGGGCUGAUCCUGGAUCAGGGGAAGCUGCUACAGACCAAGCCGCAGUUUGCUGCCUCAGUGUGUCAGGCAGGAGGCGCUCUGGAGCUGCGAUGGCAGAACGCUUACAGGCGGACGGAGCUGGAGAGCCGGCGCUGCAGAGACAUCCAGGAGAGCUGGGCCGGAUUCCACACUGACUUUGCCUCGGUCACUGAAUGGCUGCACGGUGCCAACAAGCACCAGAAGACCUGGUCAAACCUGGCCGACACCUCGGACCUGAACCAGGAGUGUAUUCACAACAAUCUCAUCAAGCUGCUGGACUUCUCCAUGGAGAUGGAAGCCGUGUCGGUGCAGAGGGCGUCAGCGUCCAGGGAAGCCACUCAGUUGCUCCACCUGAGGGAGGCAGACUGCCCCGGGCUGAGAGCCCAGCUCACACAGCUGGAGGGAAACUGGAGCCAGCUGACCUCCGACCUCUCCAAGAUACAAGAAAGGCUGCAGCAGCGGCUGCUGGCAGCGUGGCCCCCGGUGAAGCUUGUCUCUGAUCUGGAGGAGUGGCUGAAGAAGCUGCAGGCUCAGCUGGACCACGAGAGAGAAACCGUCCCCAGGGCCGAAGACGCUGCUCAGAUCACAAAAAUCCUGCAACGCUACCGGGAGUUAAAGGCAGGCCUGGUGAACGGGCAGCUCCUUCUUGAUUUCCUGUGCCAGUCUGGCCCUCCAGUGCUGGGAGUGGACGUCAGUGAUCUCCGCUCGGAGCGUACGAUGCAUGCAGAGAAACUCGGCGCGCUGAGACUGCAGUGGCUGCUCCUUCAGAGAGAGCUGGAAAGCCAGAUUGAUGAAGCUGAGCAGAUGCAUCACACCUGUGCAGACAGAGAGAAGCGGCUGCAGCUUCUUCAGAGCUGGAUAGAACAGCAGGAAAAACUGCUGAAUCAGUGGAAACAUCCCACCAGUCUAACUCUGGCUCGUGAGGCUCUGCUGAAGUGGGAGACUGUCGUGAGCAGUGUGAAGGAGGUGGCUUCACGUUUGCAGGAGUUGAAAGCUACACGAGUUCACGUUGAAAAGGGGGAGGAUCACCCGUGCGAUAUCUUCUUCUCUGACCGGACAGACAGUGUUCUUCAAGCUAGUUCAGACCUCACUCAACAGAUGGAGGCUCUGCAGCCGGCCGUACAGCGCAGUGUGAACCAGUGGAGUUGUUUUGGGAGCGAUUUGAGGGAGGUUUCUCUGCAGACCACCAGGGUGCGCUGUGCUCUGCAUCAUCAACCUCUCUUCUCACUGAAGCAGGCAGAAGGACACGUGGACUUCCUCCUGCAACUCCAGGAGAAGGCUGGGAAAGGAGAAGAGAUUUGGGUAUCUCUGGACAAAUCCUAUCAAAUGCUUGUGAAGGCUCUUCACCCUGGAGCAACACAGGCGCUGGAUGAUCAAAUGAGAGGGGAGCAGAAACGGUGGAGGGCCGUGGAGCAGGAGUUGGAGGAUGAACACAUGAAGACUGCAGAGACUCUCUCCCUCUGGCAGGAGCUCUCUCUCCUCUCAGAUCGCUGCUCCGCUCACCUGCAAACCCUGCAGCUUCAGUGGGAAGAGCUGUGGAGAUCUGCACCUCAGCAGGACACUCAGGCCACGCUUCACUCAGUGGAGAAGUUGCAGGAUGCUGCUGAGGAUUUGCAAAGCACUAUGGUAGAUGUGCUUGCUGCUUCCGAGCCCCUGAUUGGACGGCUGGAACCUCUGGCCGCAAAUUUAAUCCAAUCAGAGACCAGACUGUUGUCACGUGACGUUGUGCUGCUGAGCCAGGCGAUGUCAGGAAAACAGAAAUGUCUUCAGGAUGAUUUGGAGCAAAGGGAACUGUUUCAUAGUCGCCUGGAGGCCGUGGAUAAGCAGACACAGAACACACAACAGAAACUGAAGACAAGCUUUGAAGACACAGACUCUGUGAAGCUGGUUCUCCUGGAGCUCAGUGAUAUGUUUCCAUUGCUGGUUGACGUCAGGGAGAUGAGUGGUUACGUGAGCCUUAACGACCAGGAGAGGCAGAGAGUGCACACGCUCUGCAGGCUCUGGGCUGAAUGCAUGACUCAUGCAUCCGACAGGAACAGAGAGCUGCAGGCCAAGCUUCAGCGUUCCCAGGCCUUUCAGGAGAAGUGUGAGAACCUGACGUCUCUCCGGAAGAAGCUUGAAGAUGAAUCAAUGUCUGAACAACUUCGAAGUUUCUCCAGCCUCCAAGAAAUGCUCGCUGUUCAUCAGAGGCUUCAGACUGACAUGAUUAUUGGACACCAGCUGCUGCAGGCUCUUCUCUGUGAUGCAGUCAAGUCCAUGGAAAAAGAAACGGGAGAGAAAAGUUCUCAACUCAUGGCCCAGGUGACUUCUCUGAGGGAGAGCUGGGUAAAGUCCGUGGCUCUGGCUGGAGAGCGCAGGUCCUUUAUAAAAGAGCAACUGGGCGAGUGGAGAGUGUACCGUCGUGGCUCCAGACUGAUGUGGAAGCUGCUGAGAGACGUUGACCCGUUACUGCCGCCUGCUGGACCCGCUGUGUGUCCGCUGCACCAGCUCCGAAGCUGCGCCGAUGAUUUCCAAGUGUGUGAAGACGCUCUGGGUCUGCACUCCACCGUGUGCACCCAGACGCUGGAGGCUGGCAGACGGUUGUGUGAAAGCACGACAGAGACUGAGUGUCACAGCCGGCUGCAGGCGGAGCUGCAGACCCUGCAGGAUGCCUGGGAUCGAACCGCCACACUGCUGGAGAGGAGGGGAGGCCUGGUCAACACAACACUCCAGAAGUGGUCUCAGUGUGAGGACAGGGUAAGGAGCAUCACGUCUGAGCUGGAUGAGCUGAACACGACGCUGAAACAGCCGCUGCCUGAGAGAGCGCCGGACUCUGAGGCCCAGACACACAUUCAGGAGACAGACUUCUCUCUGCAGCGUUUGACCGGUGGAUUUAGAGAACUGGCCACCAUGAAGACGGACCUGACCCAGUACGUUGCCGCCGGUGACUCGGCUCUGCUGGAGCAGCAGCUGGAGCAACUCCACGGCCAAUGGGAAGAGCUGUGUACCAAGGUAUCCGUGCGCAGACAGGAAAUCGCAGACCGCCUCAAUGCCUGGACUAUCUUCAACGACAAGAACAAGGAGUUCUGUGAUUGGCUGACUCAGAUGGAGAACAAGGUGUGCCACAGCGGAGAUCUGAGCAUCGAGGAAAUGGUGGAGAAACUGAAGAAGGACUGCAUGGAGGAGAUCAACCUGUUCAGUGAGAAUAAAAGCCACCUGAAGCAGCUGGGGGAGCAGCUGCUGUCGGCCAGCGACGAGGCCAAGCAGACGCAGGUACACGACUCUCUGCAGGAGGUCAACCAGCGCUGGCACAACCUCUUCCACAACAUCGAGGCCAGGGUGAAGAAGCUGAAGGAGACUCUGGCGGCGGUGCAGCAGCUCGAUAAGAACAUGAGUAACCUCCGAUCCUGGCUCUGUCGCAUCGAAGCCGAUCUGUCCCGCCCCGUCACCUACAGCGUGUGCCACCACCAGGAGAUCCAGAGGAGGCUGGCCGAGCAGCAGGAGCUGCAGAGGGACAUCGAGCAGCACACGGAGGGCGUGGCGUCGGUGCUCAGCCUGUGCGACGUCCUGCUGCGGGACGAGGACGCCGCCGGCGGCACCGAGCCCGAGAGCGACUCGCUGCAGGAGACCAGCCACAGCCUGGACCAGCGCUGGAGGGCCAUCUGCUCCAUGGCCCUGGACAGGAGGCUCAGGAUCGAGGAGACCUGGAGACUCUGGUGUAAGUUCCUCGAUGACUACUCGCGGUUUGAGGAUUGGCUGAAGAUGGCCGAGCGCACCGCUGCCAACCCCAACUCCGCAGACGUCCUGUACACGGUCGCCAAGGAGGAGCUCAAGAAGUUCGAGGGCUUCCAAAGGCAGAUUCAUGAGCGCCUCACACAUCUGGAACUGGUGAACAACCAGUACCGCCGCCUGGCCCGGGAGAACCGCACAGACCGAGCCAGCCAGCUCAAAGUCAUGGUCCACGAGGGGAACCGACGCUGGGACACGCUGCAUCGGCGAGUGGCAGCCAUCCUCCGCAGACUCAAGCAUUUCACGAGCCAGAGGGAGGAGUUUGAAGGCACCAGAGAGAGCAUGCUGGUCUGGCUGACUGAGCUCGACCUGCAGCUCACCAACGUGGAACACUUUUCAGAGAGCGACGUCCAUCACAAGAUCCAGCAGCUCAAUAGUUUCCAGAAGGAGAUCACCCUGAACACCGAGCGCAUUGACGGCCUGAUCGUGUUUGGGGAGGGUCUGAUCCAGAAGAGCUGCCCGCAGGACGCGGCGCUGAUCGAGGACGAGCUGGAGGAGCUGCACUCAUACUGCCAGGAGGUUUUCAGCAGACUGGUGCGCUUCCACCAGCGCCUCAGCCAGCCGCCGAUGAUAAAAGAAGAACCGGAGCUCUCUAGAACCACCUUCUAUCUGGAGUCGAGCUUGGAGCUGAUUGGCCGACCGUGGCUGGGGCGGAGCCAAGGAAGCCUCCCGGCAACGCCCACCCACCUGCUGGCCACCCCGCUGGAGCGCUCAGGGCGAGAGACCCCGGUGAGCGUGGACUCGCUGCCUCUGGAGUGGGACCACACCGGAGACGUGGGGGGGUCGUCACACGAGGAGGGAGAGGAAGAUGAGGGUGACAGAACGUACUUCAGUGCACUCUCUGCUCUGCUCCUCUCUCCUGCAGAGGUGACUGAGAGUCAGGAGGAAUAUGUCAAGGCCCCAGAGGCCCAGCGAGCCUCCUCUCAGGUCUCAAGCAUGGACGAUCUUGAGUCUCCAAGAUGGCGUUCCAAGGAAGACGCAGAAACAGUCCAGUCCCUGCGGCUGGACUCUGAGGGCCACCCCGAGGCCCCGCCCACCCUCACCAGCACCCCUCUGAAGCAGGGCUAUCUGCGUCUCAUGUCUCAGUGCAGCGGCAGCAUCGAGGACAUUAAAAGAGUUUCUCUGAUCCUGGAUGACGAGGAGCGGCUGGAGGAGCUCGGUCUGACGGGACUGACGGCCUCAGACAAACAGUCAGGAGUGAUUGAGCGCUGGGAGCUGCUCCAGGCUCAGUCCAGGAGCGACCUGAACGCCGACUCUCAGGAGCCUCAAAAUCUCUCUUCUGACCUCGAUGACAUCACUUCCUGGUUGGAAAAUGUCACCCCGGAGUUAGAGCGCCUCCAGCAGUCCGACCCGGCAGCCAGCAUCGAGGACAUGGCAGCCAGAGCCAAAGAACUAAAGGACAUGCAGAAGAUGUUUACCCGCUACAAGUCCAUCAUGCUCUCCGUCAACCUGCGGGCUCAGGAGGCUCCGGAGCUGCAGCAGAGAGCGGCCGCCAUGAACCGAGGGUGGAGCCAAGCGAGUUCGAGCCUCCAGCUGUGGGACAGCAGCCUGAGGAGCACACUGAUGCGCUGCCAGGAGUUCCAAGAGAGCCUCCACUCCCUGCUGCUGUGGCUGGCCCACGCAGAGAGCCGACGCUACGCAGUGGACAUCAGAGACCCACACACACCUUUGGCAGCUCUGCAACAACACCGCAACACGCUCACAGCUCUGCAGGAGGAGCUGCAGGCCAGGCAGGCGCAGCAGGCCGCUCUGCAGGCACUGUGGGCUCAGCUGCAGCCGGAGGAGAGGCAGGAGGAGAGCGCCGAGGCCCGGGAGAAGCUCCACGUGACGGGGAGCAAACUGAAGCUGCUGCUGAGGCAGGUGGAGCAGGACCUCAGCACCCUGCAGCAGCACCUGGGUUGUGAAUCAGCAUCAGAAGUCCAUGGACAAAGUGCCUCUGCAGAUCCAAAGAAAGGUUCCUCUCCUAAACGAGAGAGGAGGGACUCGUCUCCCCCCCGCUCCUCCUUCUUCUACAGAGUCCUCCGCGCCGCCUUCCCCCUGCACCUCCUCUUCCUCUUCAUGCUGCUGCUCCCCUGUCUCAUCCCUUGGUCAGAGAGCGAGCCCGGCUGCACCGGAGCCAACAACUUCGCCCGCUCCUUCUACCCCAUGUUAAAAUACACCAACGGCCCCCCGCCCACCUAACAACCCCCGAGGGCAAACUGAGAAACACAAGCCACCUUUCUGUCCCGGUGGAACCCCUGAACAAACGUGUACAAUAAUGUAAAGCUGCUGAAGUGAUAGUCUUCUAAAAAAGCGUCCAAAAAUAUCUUGCUAUUGUUAAAGAUUUGAUCUGAGAACAAAUUGUAUUUAUUUUAUAAACAAAACCAUUUGACUGCAUUUUAAUCAGGAAUCACACCUAAUUUGAACAGAAAUGCACAUAUUUGACUUUAAUAAUUCAAUGGUCUUUACACUACUGCAGCCUCAUACAGAUCUCCCCUUCCAAACACAGACUUAUCCGUAGACUUCGCUAAACAAGUCCCUGGCCUUCAUCAGAUUUUUAUUCCACAUGUGUACAUUAUCCUGAUCAUUUACAUGUUGUUUUAUCAACUGUUGACAUUUCGUUUCCCCCGCAAACAAAAGCAUGCUUGAUCUUUUUUAUGUCAGACUGAAAAGGUUUGGUUUUUUUACAAGAAAAGACACUGGUUGAAAUUGUAAUGUUGUCUUUAUAAAGCCAACUGUACAAAAUGGUGGCAGUUUUAUACACACAGUUGUAUAUUUUUUGUUAGAUGCUGUCGGUCUUGAGUAGAUUGUGAGCACUGCUGAAACACUGUAGAUUUAUCACGAUGAUGUGUUGUACAGAAUGUGAUAAUAUAAUGCUUAUUUAUAACAUCAAACGGGGGAUUCAUCCUAAUCUUCUGGUAGUAAACACUGAUUGUCUUAAA